CCUGAGAAUGGGAGCACCAGGAAAAGCUGUUGGGAAACAGAAGGAAAGAGCUUGGGAUUCACACAAACAAAGAAGGGACUUGGAGGGAGAAGCCCUGGGACUAGAUGCCUGGGAAGCUCUACAGUUGUGAUUCAGACCCGAGCCAGAACCUGAUGAAGUUAAGAGCCCAUUGGAUCCAACUGUCAGGAAGGUGCAGGGCUGGUGCCACACACAGGGGAGCCGCACACACUUCCUUUUAAGUUUGGAUGGACAUACCAAGGAGUUGCAGGCAUCCACACACCCUCCUAGUGCUGCUGCUGUCUGCGCUUACAGACAUUUGCCUGGCCUAUUGUGAAGCUGACUGUAAGUCAUACUGCUGCGAUGGAACUCCGCCAUAUUGCUGCUCAUACUAUGCCUACAUUGGCAAUGUCUUCUCGGGCACAGCGAUAGCAGGAAUAGUAUUCGGCAUUGUGUUCAUCAUGGGGGUGAUUGCAGGAAUUGCGAUAUGCAUCUGCAUGUGCAUGAAGAGCAGCCGAGGAACACAAGUGGGAGUUAUUCGGACGACACACAUCAACGCUAUCAGUUCUUAUCCAGCUGCUCCACCUCCAUACAGCUAUGAGUAUGAAAUGGACUUUCCUCUGGACCUACCUCCGCCAUACACCCCAACACCACCAAUGUCCCAUUAUCCGUCUCCUCCUCCAUAUCCUGGGCCUUCAAGGAAAUAACGUAGAGUUAUAUGUGUUUACAUGGUGGCACCACCCCUCUCUUCUUCCUCGCUAGACAUAUAUAUUAUUACACAUCCAACCUUAAUUUCCUGAAGUGCUUGAACUUAGAUAUUUGGACCACAUUCAGCGCUGAUUCCUUGUAUGAGCAAUAAGAAAAGCUUUUCUCUGGAAAAUAAAACAUAUUUAUUUUUGUGUGCUAAAAGUUUACCAGAAAGAGAGGCGUUCAUUGUAGACGUACAGUUGUAAUGUGGGCUUUGGUCGGCUGAAAUCCUUUGUAUCCGAAUAUUUACGUUUUUAAUAAAACAUUAAAAUUCA